GGUUAAUAAGCUAGCUGGCAGCUCCGCACAGGCUCCUUUCCCCACAGAGAGGAUCACAUUCAGCCCUUUGUGGGGGAGGAGGACUGACUGGCACCUUGUGGAUACCAUUACUGCCAGUCAAUAGCUGCACACCAGGAUGAGAACUAAAAACGAAAAAUCUCCUCUAAAAGCUUUUAUGAAACAACGAAGAAUGGGGCUGAAUGAUUUUAUCCAAAAAAUUGCAACCAACUCUUCUUACGCCUGUAAACACUCUGAAGUGCAGUCAAUCCUGAAUAUCUCACCGCCCCAAGAACCAGAAUUACUGAAUGAAAAUUCAUCUCCUCCUCCUAGCCCUUCUCAGCAGAUUAACCUUGGUCCUUCAUCCAACCCUCAUGCUAAACCAUCUGACUUCCAGUUUCUAAAAAUCAUUGGCAAGGGUAGCUUUGGAAAGGUUCUCCUGGCAAGACAUAAUGCAGAUGAGAAAUUCUAUGCAGUGAAAGUGCUUCAGAAAAAAGCCAUUCUUAAAAAGAAAGAGGAGAAACACAUAAUGUCAGAGCGCAAUGUACUGUUAAAAAAUGUGAAACACCCUUUCCUGGUUGGACUCCACUUCUCUUUCCAGACAACUAGCAGACUGUAUUUUAUUCUGGACUACAUCAACGGUGGAGAGUUGUUCUACCAUCUUCAGAGAGAACGAUGCUUCUUGGAACCUAGAGCUCGUUUUUAUGCCGCUGAAAUAGCCAGUGCACUAGGAUACUUGCACUCUCUCAACAUUGUUUAUCGUGACUUGAAGCCAGAAAACAUUUUGUUGGAUUCCCAGGGCCACAUUAUUCUGACUGAUUUUGGCCUUUGCAAGGAGAACAUAGAGCCCAAUGGCACCACAUCUACCUUUUGUGGCACUCCCGAGUAUCUUGCACCAGAAGUUUUACACAAACAGCCUUAUGACAGAACAGUUGACUGGUGGUGCCUGGGAGCAGUGUUGUACGAGAUGCUGUAUGGCCUGCCUCCUUUCUACAGUAGAAACACUGCAGAAAUGUAUGACAAUAUCUUGAACAAGCCACUGCAGCUAAAACCAAACAUAACCAACUCAGCCAGGAACCUCCUGGAGGGUCUUCUGCAGAAGGACCGAACAAAAAGGAUUGGUGCGAAGAAUGACUUUAUGGAGAUUAAGAACCACAUGUUUUUCUCUCCAAUUAACUGGGAUGAUCUGAUUAAUAAGAAGAUUACACCUCCCUUUAACCCAAAUGUGAGUGGGCCAAGUGACCUGCAGCACUUUGAUCCGGAAUUUACUGAAGAGCCCGUCCCUAAUUCUAUUGGCCAGUCUCCGGAUAGCAUCCUCAUAACUGCCAGCAUUAAAGAAGCUGCAGAAGCAUUCAUGGGCUUUUCUUAUGCACCACCUAUGGAAUCAUAUCUUUGAGCAAUCCUUCUUUCUCGUCUAGUAGUCAUUUCUAAUCAAGUCACUUUGAUUUUUAUUUCCUUUUGAUGAAAUUUGCACAUCCUUCACAACAGCAUCACAGCCUUAAUUUCAACAUCCCUGGUAUUGCUGGAAGGGACGAAUCAGUGGAGCUGAGAAAAGGAUAGAAAAAAGUGACUUUGGACUUCAUACUCUGUUGUUGGGAGAAAUAAGAACUAUUUGCUGAAUUUGCAGCAUACAACCCUUAUAUUAUACAGAGGGAUACAUGAGGGCUUCUUAAGCUGGAAGAAGACAUCCAAGUGUGUCUUUAUAGUAUGGGGCUUUUGCAACGUGCCUUUCUCUUUUGAGAGAUCUUGUCUAUCAUAAGAACCAUCCAUAUGACGUGGGGGCUCUUUGGUUUUGACAGUGGUUUUACAAGUGAACAAUGGUAUGGGUGUAAAGCUUAUCACAGUAAAACUGUGGUUUUGCACACGUUAAUGUGACAUGCGUUGAUCGCUAAUUUUGGGGCAUUGUAUAUUUCUUCCAUAUGUGGAAGCUAAAUUAAUGUAGAUAGAAAUUAGUUAUUUUUUUCCCUGUAGAUAGUACUAACUAAAUAUAUAUUGAAAUGAGCUUGCAGUGACCUUUGUUAAAAUGCUUUUAGGAAAGCAUUGCUGCUAUUAAAAUUUCUAUUUUUAGAAAUGUUUUGGUUUUUUUUUUCUGGACCAAAAUGCCCCACAUUUAGUUGUUCAAGGCUGUAAUGCCUAGUUUAAACAAUUUUAUUUAUGUUAUUUUUUUUGACAUUCCAGACCAUUAUUGUGCAUAUUGUAUAUAAUCAAGAGAUGUAUAUUUAAACUGAUAUAAGUGUAUGAGUUGAACAUGCCAAUGUACUGUAAUUAAUAAGAUAAAGUAUCUUUUUUGUGACCAAACCUGUGGGUUUGCAAUAAAACUUAAAAAAUUUA